AUGACCCAGAAGACGCCAUCGACAGCCAGGUUGGAGUCGACCCACGUCUCUGACGGCUUCUGCGCCCCCCAGUUUGAGCUCCCAGAGCCCCUGACAGGGAAAAUCUGGACACUGGAUGACUUCGAGGCCAGCCCUGCUUUGCUGGUUAUGUUCAUAUGCAAUCACUGUCCGUUUGUAAAACAUCUGAAAAAAGAUAUUGCUAAGCUCACUUCGUUUUACAUCGAGAAAGGACUUGCUUCUAUCGCCAUAUCCUCAAAUUCAAUUGUCACAUAUCCCAAGGAUGGUCCCGAGUACAUGGCUGAGGAGGCAAAAUUGUUUAAGUACUCUUUUCCUUAUUUGUAUGAUGAGUCCCAAGAAGUUGCUAAGGCUUUUCGAGCAGUCUGCACACCAGAGUUCUUCUUGUUCAAAAAGGAUGAGCAAAGGAAAUUUGAACUUUUUUACCACGGGCAGUUUGAUGAUUCAAGACCCAGUAACAAUGUGCCAGUCACUGGAAGGGAUUUAAGCCGUGCAAUCGACUGUGUACUUAGUGGCCAAGAAUUGCCUUUCUACCAAAAACAAAGUGUCGGAUGCAGCAUCAAGUGGCACAAGUGA